AAGACCCGGAAGUGAGGCGGCGCUGCUGUUUAGCUGUCGAGUCACCUCUGUGGGGAAGAAGCCGCUAGAAUGCUGCAGAAGCCAGGAACACUUAACACACAUUUUUUCAUCCUUUUUCAUCGAUACUGACCGCUUCCAAAUAGUUUUUUUUGGUCCACAAUGAUGGAAGAAAUGGACAGGUUCCAGGUUCCUCACGUCAACGGAGAGACGCAACCUUUGGAUCCAGCAGCUUCCUCAAACUCGGAAACCGACCCUGAUGCCAAAGCAGAAACGGUGGCCAUAAACUACAAGCCAUCACCACUGCAAGUCCAGAUAGAGAAACAGAGAGAUCUUGCCAGGAAGGGCUCAGUGAAGAAUGGCAAUGUGGGUAGUCCUGUCAAUCAACAACCUAAGAAGAACGCUAGGACAAGGUUGGUUGUGCCAAAUAAAGGCUACUCCUCUCUCGACCAGAGCCCAGAUGAGAAGCCCCUCGUAGCACUGGACACCGACAGUGAUGAUGACUUCGACAUGUCCAGGUACUCGUCAUCAGGAUACUCCUCAGCCGAGGUGAGAUGUCUGAGGGACCAGCAAAUCAACCAGGACCUCAACAUCCAGCUCCUGAAGGACGGCUACCGACUGGACGAGAUUCCCGACGACGAAGACCUGGAUCUGAUCCCCCCUAAAGCCGUCAACCCCACCUGCAUGUGCUGCCAAGCCGCUCCCUCCACAGCGUGUCACAUCCAGUAGCGUCCUCUUCCUCUUCACAAACAUCAUAUAGAAAACCUUCUUUCUGGAACCUUUUCAGUUGAGUGACUGCAAAGAGAAGUGGGAAAACUGUUGAGGUGGAAGAACGCUAUUGUCAGGUAGGGAACACCUUUGGAAGAACCAGUGGAUGUUGUGCACCUUCCUCCUAUGGUUGGACCUGUGUACCUGACAUCUCAAGUGAUGGUACCAACAUAAGCCUGAAGUGUUUGUUUUUGUCCCAAUCAUUAUAUUCAUUUUUUUUUAAUGAAGAACAAAUAGUAAGUAAGGGUAUGGGAUAGCAGAGCAGAUACGGUGAAAAAGGAAUAAUAUUUCAUUGGCUUCUGGUUGAUUGAUUGGGAAGUGUGCUGGUUCUCUUGGCUUUGUCUUCCGGUGUUUAUAUAUAUGUCUGACAUGAACAUGAUGUUUAUGUGGGAGUAUAUCCGCUAUACCCAGAGAAGUAGGGCCGAGUCAUCAAGCUACCAAUAAAACACUAAUGCAGGGGUGUCCAAACUACGGGCCAAGUUGGGCUUGCUAGACGUUAUGAGUUUCCAAAUUAAUUUUUAACAUCUGGCACUGUCAUAAAUCAGGUCAAACCCCAUGAACUAAGCUUUGAAUUGAAUACAGCACGGCAUAUACUUAUAUGACCCAUGCCAAACAACCUUCUAUGGUCAUGACACAAACCACAAAAAAUUAAAAAUUAACUAAUACACAAAGUCAACACACAUGGUCACACAUAACACAACCUGCUCACUGACCAUGUAUCAAGCUUUGAAUUAAAUACAGCACGACAUUUUACUUAUAUGGCCCUUGCCAAUCAACCUUCCCUGGUCAUGGCGCAAACAAAAAAAACCAAAAAAUUAACACACACGGUCACACAUAACACAACCUGCUCACUGACCAUGUAUUAAGCUUUGAAUUAAAUACAGCAUGGCAUUUUACUUAUAUGACCCAUGCCAAACAACCUUCCCUGGUCAUGGCGCAAAAAAAAACAACUAACACACAAAGUCAACACACAUGGUCACACAUAACACAACCUGCUCACUGACCAUAUAUUAAGCUUUAAAUUAAAUACAGCAUGGCAUUUACUCAUAUGACCCAUGCCACACAACCUUCUCUGGUCAUGGCGCAAAAAAAAAAAAAGAACUAUCACACAAAGUCAACACACACGGUCACACAUAAUACAACCUGAUCACUGACCAUGAAUUAAGCUUUGAAUUAAAUACAGCACGGCAUUUUUUUCUAUGACCCAUGCCAAACAACCUUCCCUGGUCAUGACACAAACCACAAAAAAUGUAAAAUUAACUAAUACACAAAGUCAACACACAUGGUCACUCAUAACACAACCUGCUCACUGACCAUGAAUUAAGCUUUAAAAUAGAUACAGCACAGCAUUUUUCUUAUAUCACCCAUGCCAAACAACCUUCCCUGGUCAUGGCGCAAAAAAAAACAAAAAACAAUU